UCCCGUGUGAGGGGUCACAACAAGGAUGAAGAGGAGGUGAGAGUGGUAUUAGUAUUACAGGUAACUUUCUCUUCUCAUCCUUAAUCAUCAUCUUUUCAUCUUCAUCUUUAGUCUGUAAGAGAAAGAAAAAGUUUUUUUUUUGUUGCCUGUUGUCUCAAUUCUAGCGACACUUUUACCGUUAUUCGGGUUCUUCCAACCAUUCCAAUGUUAACCUUACCAAAAUCAACGAUAACAAUAGUUUAUUAUCAUCAUAUAGUUGAUAGAUCAUCAUUAUCAUAAUCUUGUUUAUAAUUCAAAUGACUUAUUUAAUCCCGGAUUCAAGAUCAUUUUAACUAAUUUUUGUUUACUAAUUUUAUGAUAAAACAAAGUAAAAGUAUCAACUGAAAUCAAUUUAAAUCUCAUGUGUUUACAUAAUUUUAUUGGACUUUUGUUUUAAAUCAUCAAUUGAUUGUGAUUUGUGUGAGUUUCCCUUAAGUGUUUGUGUCUUAGUUUCAUUCCCGAUUGUAAUCGGGAAUUGAUUUUAUUGAGUAACUUAUUGUCCGUUCAUUAAUUAAGCACCAAAAUGUUUGACCAUCACCAUAUAAUUGCCAUUCUUCCCGCACUCAUACCUUCAACUGUAAUGUUCUGGCUUCAUAUGUGGCAAAGGUCAAUUCCUUUCACCACUGAGACCUUUCAACGGGAAUACGAUUAUAUUGUUGUUGGUGCUGGUUCGGCUGGAGCUGUGGUCGCAAGUCGACUUUCUGAGAACCCAAAGGUCAGAGUGUUACUACUCGAAGCGGGAGGUUAUGAGACAUUUCAAAGUGAGAUUCCCAUGUUGGCCGCUCGAUUACAAUUAAGUGAAUGGGACUGGCAGUACAAAACGGUUCCCCAAGAGUUUGCUUGUAAGGGAAUGAAAGAUCACAUUUCCCGGUGGCCUCGAGGUAAAGUUCUUGGUGGAUGUUCAACCCUUAACUAUAUGCUUUACAUUCGUGGUAACGCUCGUGAUUAUGACCUUUGGGAAUCACUGGGUAACCAUGGUUGGGGUUGGAAUGAUGUUUUUUACUAUUUCAUCAAAUCGGAGGACAAUCGUGAUCCCGAUAUUAUCAAGAACGGUUAUCAUGGGACUGGCGGUCGGUUGACAGUUUCAACGCCACAUUAUACUACACCGAUAGCGGGAGCUUUUCUUGAAGCGGGUAAAAACUUUGGUUAUCCUAACAUUGAUCUUAAUGGACCACAACAAACGGGUUUCGCUGUACCUCAAGGUACUAUUCGUAGAGGUGCUCGAUGUUCAACUGCCAAAGCUUAUCUAAGAGAUAUCGCCGGUCGACCUAAUCUUGACACUGUUGUCUUUGCUCAGGCCACUAGAGUUUUAUUCAAUGAGGCUAAACGUGCCAUUGGAGUUACUUUCGAUAAGGCUGGUGCUCAUCAUGCUGUUUUCGCUCGACAUGAGGUCAUUUUAUCCGCUGGUUCCAUUGGAUCACCUCAGCUUUUGAUGCUCUCUGGUGUUGGUCCUAAAGAGCACCUUCAAUCAUUGGGAAUACCGGUCGUUCAUGACUCACCGGGUGUCGGUCAAAAUCUUCAAGAUCAUAUUGGUGCCGGUGGGUUGAGCUUUUUAACCGAUGCACCGGUCACUGUGGUUCAACCUCGUGUCUUUGUGGCCAAAUCGUUUACUCAAUGGUCAACUUUGGGUAUCGGUCCGUUAACGAUGCUUGGUGGCCUUGAUGGUCUCGGUUUUAUCAACACUAAAUAUGCAAACGCUUCAGAUGAUUGGCCUGAUGUAGAGAUUCAUUUUAUCCCGUCGUGUCCAUCAUCAGACGGAGGUGAAUCAGUUCGUAAAAAUAUGGGACUAACUGAUGAACUUUUCCUUAAAGUGUAUGGACCAAAUUUAUAUAAAGACGCUUAUUCUUAUUAUCCAGUUCUACUUCGUCCUCGAUCAACAGGUUACUUGAAAUUGGCCUCAGCCAAUCCCUAUGAUCAUCCAAUUAUUGACCCUCGAUAUUUGUCUGAUCCUUACGAUGUUGCCGUUCUAGUAGAUUCUUUGAAAAUCUCAACAACGAUGGCACUUUCAUCGGCAUUUGAAAAGUUCAAACCUCGAGUUUGGCCUCAAGCCUGGUACGGAUGUGAACAGUUUAAACCUUAUUCAGAGGAAUCCUUUGAAUGUAUGACUCGAUCUUUCACCGAGACCAUUUAUCAUCCCGUGGGUACCGCUAAAAUGGGCCCACCAACAGAUCCAAUGGCCGUUGUUGAUCCUGAACUUCGGGUAUACGGAGUUACGGGACUUCGGGUCAUUGAUGGUUCAAUUAUGCCAAAAAUUGUCUCAGGUAAUACAAAUGCACCAAUAAUCAUGAUCGGUGAGAAAGGCGCUGAUCUAAUCAAAGGAAUCAAAAGUCCGCCUCCAAUUAGACCAGGUCAAGCACCAAUCCCACCAUAUCUAAGGUCAAACGCUGACCAUGGGUCAGUUGAUUCAAAUAGUGGUCCAUUAUCACAGAUCGGAAGGUUAUUCAAUAAAUUUGGUGUUCGUAGUUUAACAAAACGUGUUGGAUUAACCAACUGGAUUAAAGGGUAAUUAGAAAACAAACCAAUUAAAUGACCAAUUAAAUUAAUUUACAAUUUAAAUCAUCAAUUGAUUGAUACGAUUAAAUCGUAAACUAAUCAAACUCAGUAAACUUUGUGUCCAAAAUUAAGAUUGUAAAAACAAACCAUUUAACUAAUUAUUUUCAUCUUUAUACCAAUUUAAUUAACAAUCAACUGCAACAAUUAAUGCUCAAAAUUUCAAAGGUUGAUUACAAUUAACUUUUGAAACAAUUUACUCGCAAUUUUUAAAUUAACUUGAUUGUAAUUAUCAAAGUAACAACAAAAGGUAAAACUAAUCAACCUACUUAAUUAUAAUGUAAUAUUAUUACAAUUAAUUUAAAUGUACAAAUUAAAAAACU